GCUGGAGGAGGGUUUUACAGAAAGAGUGGUUUAGGUGCUUUACCAGUGGGUCUGUUCAAUGGUAUUCCACUCAGAAGUGAGGAGAUGGACCCAGAAGAACUAGAGACGGUUCUUCUGCAGAAAAUCAUGGAAACUACCAACUUCUUCCAGAGAGCUGUCUUUAUGGGUCAGAUCACUGAGAGUGUUGAUGUGGUGGACUUCCUAAUGGAGCAGGCCAAUGUAGUUCCCCGUAUCAACCCUCUCAUUCUGAGCUCUGAGAGGCGAUAUCUGGAUUUCACUUCCUCACCAGUUGCUGAUGACUGGGAUGACACAACUAUGUUCUCAUACUUGGAGUCCAAAGACAAAACAGCAGUUGUCUCUAAGAAAAUGAAGUAUUUCAUCAGAGAUGAAGAGGAGGUGUUGUACGGAGUGACCAUGUGGAUUGUAGCAGAUAUUGAACAGCCCUCUGGGAGGCAGUUGCUCCAGAACGCCUUGAAACAUAUGAAAUCCAGCAGCUCCAACUGUCGUGUCGGGGUGAUCAAUAACCCCAGUGGAAAGCCCACAGAGGACAACAGCGCUCUGUACCGAGCCGUCUGGGCUUCUCUCCUCACCCAAAGCAGCAAGAACAUGCUCGACUUCACCCUAAAACUCCUCAAAGAAGAAAAUGUGGAGCUCCUCAAACAAGGCACCAAGAUUAAGCACUUACUUAAACAGGGUAUGGACCAUGAUGCCUUUGAGAAGAAGUUCAACACGAUGGAGGUGGACUUCCUGCACAGCCAGCAGAAGUACUGUAAGGAAGUCCUGAAGCUGAAAGCCGGACAGAGAGCUGUAGUCAGCAACGGCAGGGUCCUGAGCCUACUGGAUGAGGAAGAAGAGUUCAGUGUGGAAGAUUUCCAUCUGCUAGAGAAGAUCACACUUCACACUUCAGCAGAAAAAAUUAAAUCUAAGAUCAAGCAGAUGAACUUGAAUGCCCAAAAGGCCAGUGAUCUAAUCAUGAAAGUAGACGCUCUCCUCACUGCAUCACCUAAAGGAGAGGCCAGGAAAGACGUCAAAUUUCUGAAGGACAAACACAGCGUUCUUCAGCUGGCACAGCGGGAAGAUGAGGUGUUCUAUGAUGUGGUUGCCAUCGUGGAUCCUCUCACCAGAGUUGCACAGAAGUUGGCUCCUUUAUUAGUUGUGCUUGGUCAAGUGGUCAAUAUGAAAGUGCAGGUGUUCAUGAACUGUCGAGCCAAGCUGUCUGAGAUGCCCCUGAAGAGCUUUUAUCGCUAUGUUUUAGAACUGGAUGUUUCAUUCUUUGGCAACAACUCCCUUUCCCCUGGCCCUGUGGCCCGCUUUACUGAAAUCCCAGAAUCCCCUCUGCUCACUCUUAAUAUGAUCACCCCAGAGAGCUGGAUGGUAGAGGCGGUCAGGAGCCCAUAUGAUCUAGAUAACAUCCACCUACAGGAGGUCAGUGGUGUAGUCAAUGCAGAGUAUGAGCUUGAGUAUCUGCUGUUGGAGGGCCACUGUUUUGACCUGUCCACAGGUCAGCCUCCCAGAGGACUUCAGUUUACACUGGGCAUGAGACAGGAACCUCUCAUGCAUGACACCAUUGUCAUGGCCAACCUGGGCUAUUUCCAGUUGAAGGCCAACCCCGGUGCCUGGAUCUUGAGGUUGCGUGAGGGCCGCUCAGAGGACAUCUAUCAGAUACAAGCACAUGAUGGCACGGACUCUCCUGUUGAUGCUGGUGAUGUCAUUGUGGUACUUAACAGCUUCCACAGCAAGAUCAUCAAAGUUAGAGUCCAGAAAAAGCCUGACAAACUCAAUGAGGAUCUUCUAAGUGAAGGAACAGAAUCCAAAGGCUUGUGGGAUUCCAUAACCAGUGUGUGGAGUUCUUUGGAGAAAAGCUUUGCCGGUGGCCCGAGCGUGGACGAGAAUGACAAGAAGAAAGACGUUCUCAACAUUUUCUCAGUGGCCUCUGGACAUUUAUAUGAGCGCUUCCUGAGAAUAAUGAUGCUCUCUGUCCUUCAACACACCAAAACCCCGGUCAAGUUCUGGUUCCUCAAAAACUACCUCUCCCCCUCAUUUAAGGACACCAUCUCUCACAUGGCGAAGGCUUAUGGUUUCCAGUAUGAGCUGGUCCAGUAUAAGUGGCCCCGCUGGCUUCACCAGCAGACAGAAAAGCAACGUAUCAUCUGGGGUUAUAAGAUCCUUUUCCUGGAUGUGCUUUUCCCCCUGGCUGUGGACAAGAUCAUCUUUGUAGACGCUGAUCAGAUUGUCAGGGCAGAUUUGAAGGAGCUGAGAGAUCUGGCUCUAGAGGGCGCCCCCUAUGGGUACACACCAUUCUGCGACAGCCGAAAAGAGAUGGAAGGCUACCGUUUUUGGAAGACUGGCUACUGGGCUUCUCAUCUUGGACACAGGAAAUACCACAUAAGUGCAUUAUAUGUGGUGGACUUAAAAAAAUUCCGGAAGAUCGCAGCUGGAGACCGCCUCAGAGGGCAGUACCAAGCCUUAAGCCAAGAUCCCAACAGUCUGUCUAACCUGGACCAGGACCUUCCCAACAACAUGAUCCAUCAAGUAGCCAUCAAGUCCUUACCUCAGGAGUGGCUGUGGUGUGAGACCUGGUGUGAUGACAAUUCCAAAACUACAGCCAAGACCAUAGAUCUGUGCAAUAACCCAAAGACCAAAGAGCCCAAGUUAAGUGCAGCAGUGAGGAUUGUUCCAGAAUGGUCCAAGUACGACAAUGAGAUAAAGCAGUUUCUCAAACGGGUGAAGGAGGAGAAGGAGAAAAUUACUCAGGGUAGAGCAUCAUCAUCAUCAUCAUCACCACAGCACACAGGCACUCGACGUGAUGAACUUUAGCACUUGAGUGCUCAUGUUUGCACCUACAGUAUCUUCCUGUGAAUCUUGAACUCAACCAUACAGAGAUGUUUUCCACAACAAGAACACUGAGGAAAUACACACAAGGAAACAUUUUAAAGGACUUCAUGACAUUUUUUAUGUAUAUGAAUUUGAAUGAAGGUUUAGUUUGAAUGCUCUCUGACUUCAAGAUGUAAACUGUAUACAUGACAUAGCUUUUUAUAAAUAAUUGUUGACAAAAAGAUUUCAAACAAUUGCAGCGUUAUCUGAUAUGUUUGGCCAGUUUAUGAAAUUACAGUGGCACUGGUGUAUAUUUAUAAGGGACAAACAUGUCAAUAUUGUGUACAUUCCUUCAGGUAAGAUUAUAGAUGUUUAUACUGUUUCAGUUCACUCCACAUGGCCAUCAAAUUCCCAUAUUCAUUGCUGUCAAAGUCAGCUCUGCAGAUCCAUUGGGAUGCAGUCUCUGUAUCCAAAUUAU